UAGCGCGAUCCGGAUUUAACCGGUCGGACUCCGAACCAGGUAUAAAAGCAGAGAGCGGCGCUGGGAUUCGUUUCAUUCGCUGGAAGAUACGUCUGUGCUGUGUUUGUUGCUCGUGUAAACGGUCAGGACCUUGACAAUGCCCAAAAGAAAGGCUGACGGAGACUCCAAAGUGGAGAAGAGUAAAGCUAAAGAAGAGCCCCAGAGAAGAUCUGCCCGCUUGUCUUCUAAACCCGCUCCCGCAAAGGCUGAGCCAAAACCCAAAAAAGCAGCUGCUCCAAAGAAGGCUGACAAAGCUCCCAAAGGCAAGAAAGGAAAAGAUUCUGGAAAAGAUGCCAGCAAUGCUUCAGAGAAUGGAGAGGCAAAGUCAGACCAGGCACAAAAAGCUGAAGCUUCUGGAGAUGCCAAGUGAGCUGUGUGAAUUUUGAUAACUGUGUACUUCUGGUGACUGUACAGUUUGAAAUACUAUUUUUUAUCAAGUUUUAUAACAAUGCAGAAUUUGUUUUACUCUUUGUUUUACGCUAUGUUGGCACAUGACGCUUUUAUGGGAUUGUUUUUAUUUAAUGGGAGAGGAGUGACAGUUUGACCAUUUGCUUGUUUUUAAUACACUGCUCAAAAAAAAUAAAGAACACUUAAAAAACA